AUGGCCAUGGAAAGGAAUGUAAAAAGUGCAGAGGACCAAAUCCCUGAGAACAUCAUUGUUGCGGCUGAUCAUGGCCGACUCGAUCUUGUCACGGCACUCUUAGAGGGCGGGGCUGACCCGAAUACCGUCGACGAGGUCGGGACCUCCGCUCUUCAUAACGCAGCAAAAGGAGGCCAUUGGGAUAUUGCCCGCCUGCUCCUCGAGAAAAAUGCAUCACCUCGGAUUGAAGACGGCAACCGCCGAACUCCACUCCGCCUCGCUGUAAAAGAAGGUCACGAACGAAUUGUUCGCUUGUUUCUCGAGUGUGAUCCUCCUACAACCGAGAGAAAAGCUGAAACAUCUAGACACCUUCGCGUUGCUGCAGCUUUUGGCUUUACAGAAAUAGUCAAACUCUUUCUGGAUUGCGAUACCCCGACCCUAGGCGCUAAUAAUCAAGAAACGGCGUUGCACUUGGCGGCUGCAAGGGGCCAUUCUGACGUCUGUGAUCUUCUCCUAAAGCACGACAAGUCUUUGAAUCGAUCAUUAUGGGCCCGGAUCGCCGGACCCAGUUUGGAAGUCUACGAUGAAGAUUACUUGGGAAACAUGCCUUUUGCGUACGCAGUUGAAAAGGGUCAUGAGCAGAUGGUGGAAGUCUUUUUACGCCAUCAUCCAGAACUGAGCAAGUCUUCCGAUCGCCACAACCAACUGCUUUUCCAUAAUGUUAUCAGAAAAGGAAAUAUUGAGGUGGUUCGAAUAUUCUUGAAUCACGGCGCCGAUACUGAGAUGAGAGACAAGUACGGACGUCGCGCCCUUCACGAGGCUGUCACCGCCGAGAACAUGGGUUACAUCACAGGGGCUACUGAGAUGAUCCAGCUUCUACUUGCCCAUGGUGCUAUAGUUGAGGCAAAGGACAAGGAUGGCAGGACUCCUGAGCAUUUCUCCAAUAAUCCGAAGACCAGAAUGAUAUUGCGUAACCAUGCAGCCGCGCACUCGAAGGGUGAUUCAUUGCCGAUAGCAUCGAAGGUUUCGGCUCCGCCACCUGAGUACAAGGCAUGA